CGACGACAACGACGACAACGACGGUGGCGGCGGCAGCGCGGCGCGGCGCGACGAGACGACAGAAUCACGCGGAAGGAAGCGGACGACAGUGGACGCGCGCGCGUUCCUGCUCUCCCUCUCUCCACUGGCUCGCGGCUGCUGCGAUCUCGCGGCUCUCGUCGGGGCGCGUCUCACGUAGAAUACGCGCACGCGGAGACACGCUCUCGCGGCCGAAGUGAAACACAUGUGUCGCGGCCGAGUGGUGUUUUCCACCGCCGCGGACCGUUGCCCGUCGCUCACCGUCCGCAGGCCGUGUUCGCUGGCCGCGAGGUCGGUCUCGUCCGUCGCGGAGACGCGCGACAACAUCCGACGCGCACGACGUCCUCGCUGAAGACGGCCCUCGGGACGAUGCGCUGCGCUACAACCACGGCGAAAUAGGAGCAGCAACAGCGGAAGGCGGUAGGUGCGUGCGUGGGUGGGUGGGUGUCUGGCGACCGCCGUUCUCUCUCUCACGCAUGCCGGAUUUCUCCGGGAGCGGAUACGCGGAUCCUCGCGCGCACUCUUGCCGAAGAGGUAUACAAGCGUCUGUGACACCGUCACUCAGCUCCUGUGAUUCGCCGGCUGUUGGUGACCUGGCGUCGUCGUCCCUCGCUCGCUCGUUCGCUCGCUCGCUCGCUCGCACGUACGUACGUACGUACGCACGCACCCGCCGUGACGGUCGCACACCGUGCGUUUUCCCCCCCGAGUGCGAGAGGAAAGGAAAAAAAUGUCGCCUGCCAGUCGGCAGUGUCGCGGUGUCUAUGACAUGCUGGCGUACGCGGUGACUCCGUCGCCGACGACACUGUGACCGGCCGCGAGAACGGAUGGCACUUGGAUGGACACGUCGCCCCUGCUCGCGAGCUCGCCUGCCCUGUAGGCCGUCGUCAGGUUCGCCAAGUGGAGUCGAGUCAAGUCGGCCACGCGUCUUGCCCGCGGUUCUCUCUGGCUUCUGUGACUAUGCUCGACGAUUUCUCGCCACGUCCACGGCGUUGUUUUCAGUUGCUACUUGUCAAUAUGAUACGUGUGCCUCGGACUUUGUAACUUGCAGAUUCUUGUUUCUCUGAGAGAAAGAAAAUAGGAAGAAAGAGAGAAAGAGAGAAACUGCAAAGAGUAAGAUGCUGUUCACUGGGUCUGUAAGCUGCGAUCACUCAGGCAUCUGUGUUUGAUUAUCUUAAUGAACAGGACAACAAAAUACACAUAGGUUGUGUAGUCGUUGUGUCUCGUAUGCUGAAAAGCUGGAGUAUGAGAGGCCAAGCGGAGGAAAAUGGAUAUCGGUAAAGUAUCAGUAUGCGUGAAAAGUCAGCAGAAUGUCAUGCUCACGCAGGUCACGUGAGGUGCACGACAGAGAUGUGCUCGCGUGAUCCUCCUACAUUGCACCCGACCCUUGCCAAGGCAAACGGUAAAAAUUCGAGUCCCCAGCCAGCUCACCACACGGAGGCACGUAUUGAUAGUAACCUCCUACCGACUCCUGGUGGCCGUUUGAAAUUCUUCAAGGAUGGAAAGUUUAUUCUGGAGCUGUCUCACCGUAGGGACGGAGAGAAGACCACAUGGUUCCCUGUGCCAAAGAAAACCUUUUGGCCACCUGCUAGCACUAUCCCAAAUCGACAGGAGAGUUCUACUUCCCUUAGUGUUUCAGACGAUAAUUCAUCGGUGCAGUCCAGUCCUUGGCAGAGAGAUCACUGCUGGAAGCAGACUCAUCCCCGACGCAGGAUAACCACGGAAUUUAAUUUCUAUUAUCGUCGACACCCGAAGAUCCAUCUAUGCGCGCACCCUCGUCUAAUAGCGAAAAAACGCAGGCGUCCGUUCGAUUCCACGGCUACCGCACUCGUCCCGGAAUCGACGGCCGCCUAUUCGAGAGGGUCGCGUAAAUUGAACGGCACCUCAUCGUCGUCCUCGUCGUCAUCGUCGUCGGGCAAAGUUCUCAGUCUGGUUAUCGACAAACUUGUGCGUCUGUUGGAUACGAAUGCUGUGUCGCCGCGUAAACGCAUCUUGCGCGAGUUAGAGAGAGUCUCGCUGGAGGACCAAGCGUCCAAGAGGAGGGCCACUCCGCAGCCGACCUGCACGACGACGAGCGCGCCGACCCCCACCACGAAGCAGGUGUCGUCGUACAGUAUAACGAGUAUUCUAGGCGAGGACAAGCCGAAUUCGACCGAGCAAGGCUUCUUGAGGAAUCUGCUGAAUUCGGACGAGCGACAGCAGCAGCCGCAGCAGCAGCAACAGCCUGUGAAAUACUCAUCGAGCAACAACGCUUAUCCGCGGGUACGAAUCGACCCUUACCUCGGCUCCAGCAAUACGUCUGUACAUCAUCCACUCUACGGAUUGCCGAUGUUGCCUCCCGGACCGUACAGGGGACCCCUGUGGAUGCAUUAUCCGUCUCCCGUCCACUAUGCACCUCCCAUGCCACUGUACGCGCCGCCGCACUCUCAUCCACCAUCCCCGCCCGUUCAUCACUAUAAAGACUACAGGGAACAAACUCUCACACCUCCUUCAGAUAUGCCUCUGAAUCUGUCGAAGCAUGCGGGUUGAAUCUCAGGAUCCCACAAUAGUUGGUGCCUUAUCAGUGGACAAAACUACAUGCAGAACACUGCCCGUGCAACGACAAGGAAGAAGAAGAAGAAGAAAAAGAAGAAAAAGAAAAAGUAGAAGAAGAACAAGAAGAAAAAGAAGAAGAAGAAGAAAAAGGAGAAGGAGAAGAAGAAGAAGAA